UCCAUCCCUCCUCCCAUCCUGCUGCUGCCUCCGCCGCUGCUGCCACCAGUGCCACUGCUGCUGCUGCUGCUUUGGGAAGGAAAGGAGCUGCCCAGGUUCACGCUGCUUUAGAGUUCCCAGGACUUGGCAUUCCGGCGAGCUGCUGCUUUGCAGCUGGGGGAGACAGAGACGCUCCCGGCCCUCCUUUGAUUAGGAUAUGUCAGGGUUGUCAGGGCAACUGUUAACGGUGGCGUAUCAUAUUUUCCCCCUCUUGUGUUGCGUGCUGAAUAUUUGAGUGUGCCAUAGCUGGAAAGAGAUUGGAAAAGGGCGCUGCAGCAGGAAGGAGGAUCUGAUUGAACAGGGGAUCUAUUACAAGUGCUCAAAUGAUCCGACCGCUUAGGAGCUAGCAGCUUCACCCAGGCUGCAAUUACAGAAACAUAUAUUUUUAAUUACAAACAAACAAAACCCCCAAGUGGCAGCGACAUGCCUGGAUCAGCUACUGCUAUCCGACAAGAGAGGUUGAAGAAGACCAGUUCAAGGCCAAAUCCCCCUGGCUUAUUCACCAUUAAUGAGGAAGAGGAACAGCAAAAGAAUGGAAAUUCCAGAAGACUGAAAGCAUCUGAAAACUCCCAAGUGCAAGAUAAGAAGGCUCCUGUACCUGGCCGCCCCACCUCUGCUGCUUUAGGACAAAAUCGUAACAUACCAGGAAACAAACCAGACCCUCCACCUGUACUAAGAGUUGAUGACCGACAACGGCUGGCACGAGAACGGAGAGAAGAACGGGAAAAGCAGCUAGCUGCCAGAGAAACCGUGUGGUUAGAACGAGAAGAGAGAGCUCGGCAACAUUAUGAAAAGCACUUAGAAGAGCGAAAGAAGAAAUUAGAGGAGCAGAGGUUGAAAGAAGAGCGGCGGAGAGCUGCAGUGGAGGAGAAACGAAGGCAGAGGCUAGAAGAGGAUAAGGAACGCCAUGAGGCUGUUGUCCGGCGAACAAUUGAGAGGAGCCAAAAGCCAAAACAGAAACAGAACAGGUGGUCCUGGGGGGGAUCCCUCCAUGGCAGUACCAGCACCAGCAUUCACAACACAGAUCCAGACAGGCGGUCAGUUUCAACAAUGAAUCUUUCGAAACAUGUUGAUCCAGUCAUUAGCAAGCGGCUCUCCUCUUCAUCUGCAACAUUACUAAAUUCUCCAGAUAGAGCUCGCCGCCUGCAGCUCAGCCCUUGGGAGAGCAGCAUUGUAAACAGACUCCUGACGCCCACACAUUCGUUCCUGGCCCGAAGCAAAAGCACCGCUGCCUUGUCUGGAGAUGCAGUUAUCCCCAUUUGUCCUCGUUCAGCAUCUUGCAGCCCCAUCAGCAUCAUGUCCUACAAAGCUGCCCAUUGUAGAAAUCCAGCAGAUCAGCCCAAAUUCUUUGUAACACCACCUGAAGGCACUGGACGAAGGAGGCCUCAGCACAACAUGAUGGGGCAUAAAAGAGAAAAGGAGAGAGAAAACGUGCCCUUCCACCUCAUAUCUGGCAUCCGAAGAGCCCUGUCUCCAUCAAACCCCAAAAUUAGAUCAUCAGCUCCCUCCUCAGUUUGGCAACCAUCCAAGUCCUUGUCUCAUUUGCCUGGCACACCCAGACCAACAUCCUCCUUGUCACUUGGCCCAUCCAAAGCUGCUUCUGCUCAGGCACGGCCCCCGUCCCCUGGCAACAUCCGGCCUGUCAAGAAAGAAGUCAGACUUGAGACUGAGAAGAAAGGCCCAGAGAAGGAACCUGAGAGAGUGGUGGAAACAUCGCCACCGGAGGGACAGGUUUCUUCAGCCAAUGCUGAAGAACCUACAGGUGAGGAGGGCUCACCUGCCAAGCCUGAGGCCACUCCAGCCGCUCCACUGCCAUCAGUGCCUUCCCUGCCACCCACUGCACCCUCUUCUGGCUUGGGUAAGACCUCUGCAGGGACCACUGACCCAGAAGAGGCCACAAGACUGCUGGCCGAGAAGAGGCGGCUUGCUCGGGAACAGAGAGAAAGGGAAGAACGGGAAAAGAAGGAGCAGGAAGAGUUUGAGAGGAGGAAGAAGGAGGAAUUAGCUCAAAGAGUAGCUGAAGAAAGAGCCCGUCGAGAGGAGGAAGCCCGAAGGCUAGAGGCUGAGAGGGAGCAAGAACAGGCCCGGGAGAGGGCAGAACAGCUGCGCCGGCAGGUAGAAGAGAGAGAACGACGAGAAAGAGAAGAGAUAGAGCGGGUCCAGAAACAGCGAGAAGAAGAAGCCCGCCUACGAGAGGAAGCAGAGAGGGUUCGACAAGAACGAGAAAAGCAUUUCCAAAGAGAAGAGCAGGCACGCUUGGAAAGGAAGAAGCGACUUGAAGAAAUCAUGAAAAGAACCAGGAGAACAGAAGCUACAGAUAAGAAAGCUAAUGACCAGAGAAAUGGAGACAUAACCAAGGGAGAUACUACAGGUGGAACAGGGGUAUCACCACUUCCAUGUGUGACAGACUCUUCAAGGAAUGGAGAACCAGUGACUAGUCCACAUCAGCCAACAACAACCAUGGACAGUACCCUCAAUACUGAAAAUCAACCAAAUGAAAAUGGAGUGUCUCUGCAGAAUGACACCUUUGAAGAAAUCAUAAACUUACCCAUCGGAUCUAAACCGUCUAGAUUGGAUAUCACUGACAGUGAUGGAAGCCCAGAAAUUCCUUUGAAUCCAAUUUUAGCCUUUGAUGAUCAGGGGACUCUUGGGCCAUUGCCUCAGGUAGAUAGUGUUCAAACACAGCAAACGGCAGGUAAGUUUGCCGAGGACCAGUUGUUGCAAUUGUCAGAAAACUGAAAAAUCAAUUGGCUGGUACCUUAUGAAAGGUAUGGAGACCUUAAGCUCUGCCCCUGGGUGUCACCUGAAGGGCUUUGUAUUUUGGAGUUCAAAGCUUUAUACCUUUGUGGAGGAAACAGAACAACUAUGUAAACUCCACUGAAAACUGUUGUAAAGGACAACAUCCAAUAGGAUGAAUGAAUGAAUGAAUGAAUGACCUCUAAGGUCUCCACUAACUGACUGCUCCAAGCAGGAAUCCCUGCUUUAUCUGUGCCUUCCUGUAUUUGCACAAACUGUUUCCUCCAACCCUGGAAAACACUUCCUCUUCAUGUGUCUUUGGUAAUCCUUCUCUCCCUCUGGAUUUUAGCUCAGCUAGCUUUAGCUUUCCAUUUUACCUCCUCCAUCAGCCUUCUUGGAUUCAUCCUUGUUGUUAACAUUUCCUCCCUCUUCUAAUUUUCAAAGCACUCUGCCUCAUCCCUCCCUUGCUCCUUUUACUCCCUACAUUGCUUUAGACCAAACUAUUGUGCACCCCCAAGAGAAUGUAAGCUUCUUGAAGGCAAGGAUUGUUUGGGAGGGGGUGGGGUUGUCUUUGUAUCUCCAGCACCUGGCACAUAGAGGGCUUAAUAAAUAUUUGUUAAAUUAAAUUAUAUUCAGUUAUUUAGUCUCUGCUUAAACUGAACAUUUCUGAUGAGAAACUCACUCUUUGAAAGCUCAUUUGGGGGUUUACUUUUUCUUCCUUGUAUACUGACCUGGAAUCCGCCUCCUUAUUACUUCUUCCUAGAGCUUUAUAACCCAGAGAAUAGAAAACUCAGGGGGCAUAUGAUGACUGGCCUCAAGAAUUUGAAGGAUUUUCAUGUGAAGGAGGGAUGAACAAUGGUUGGAAAGUACAAGAGAACAAAAUUUAAGUCUGAUGUCAAGAAAAACUGUCCAGGGGCAGCUAGGUGAUGCAGUGGAUAGAGCAGUGGCCCUGGAGUCAGGAGGACCUGAGUUCAAAUUCGACCUCAGACACUUAACACUUACUAGCUGUGUGACCCUGGGCAAGUCACCUAACCCAGAUUGCCUCAAAAAAAAAUUAAGAAAAACUGUCCAACAAUAAGAGUUUUCUGGAAGUGGAACAGACUGUCUUGAGAAGUGGUAGGGUCUCCCUCCUCAGAAGGCUUCAAAUAGAAGCUAGAAAACCACUGAUCAACUACAUUUUAAUGGGAAUUCCAUUCUUGGAUGGGAAAACUAGAUGGCUGGCAAGGUCCAACUCAAAUUCUGUUUCUGGGAGUAUCCUCUAGAGCCAGAGAAGACAUCUGCUUCCAACAUGGCAACUGUUCAGAGUUAGGCGUAGCCAUCGCAGACUGCCUAAGCCUCCUUUCCUCUUACCAAAGUACCGCCCCCCCCCCCAAAAAAAAAGUAUCACUUUCCUUUAUUUUCUGUUUUGUUUUCUUUUUUGUUUUGGUGAGGCAAUUGGGGUUGAGUUGCCCAGGAUCACAUAGCUAGUAAGUGUCAAAUGUCUGAGGCCAGAUUUGAACUCAGGUCCUCCUGACUCCAGGGCUGGUGCUCUAUCCACUGCGCCACCUAGCUGCCCCACUUUCCUUUAUUUUCAAAGGUCAAAGGCCAUAAAGAAAGGUUCAUUCUAUUGAUCUAUUUGAUGUGGCCUGAGAAAUGAUACAAUCUUGUAAGUUAAAACAGACUACCACUUGUCUUCCUGGUGAUUGGUACAGAUCAUUUGGAAUCAGUCCUAGGGCCAGAUUUUAAGUUGAACAGGCUUUUUAAAGGCAGAAGUAGCUAACUUACCACACUGAACAGCUGUGAAAUCUGCCUUUUGAUUAAGGGUGGUAGCUGCUAUUAAAAGUUCCUGUCCUUGUCUGUGCUACCAUCUCUAAGGCUCAGGAACAGCCAGAAGCCUUUGCUCAAAAAGAGCAGCUAUUAGAGGAGUCGGUGCUAAGUCACUUGCAGCAUCAUGUGCCCAGCUCUAAGGAGUUACUGUCAUCAUUAAGUAUUGCCAACACAGCAGGUGGCAGCCCAUUGUAUGACUGUAGCCAAGUUAGAUAGUCAGCCCCAUCACUGUGGCCUUAAAAAUAGGUGGAUUAUCGAGGCAGUAAGGUGUAGGUAGUGGGUGGAGAGCUAGCCUCAGAGCCAAGAAGACCUGGGUUCAAGGCUUUCUAAUACUGUGUGGUCCUGUCUUUCAGACAACUUAGAAUCUAUUUUGUUUGUUUUUUUGUGAGGCAAUUGGGGUUAAGUGACUUG